UUUUGCAAGCAGGUUGGCAGCCUCGCGUGCCAAGCAGAACAACGGCGACUAUUAAUUGAUUAAAUAUAUUUCACUUAACUUUAGAGAAUGCAAACAAAACUAAAUUGUAUUAUUAGUGUAUUAAAUUAACGAUAAGUGAUUAAAGUGCGCGGUAUUAAGCGAAUUUACACAUACAAAACACACUACUACCACAUGCACACAAUGGCAACGAAAACGAAAACUACGAUUCAUUCUAAGCCACUAUUUGUGCGUGUGUCGUGUGUGCGCCCCUGUGUGUGUGUGUAAGCCGUGCGUGUGUGUUGGUCUGACGACAUUGACUGAGCCUUCGAACGGGGGCCACCGCGCGCCCCGCAUCCUGCAACUAGCAGCUAGUAACCGUUACUCUGCUUCUUCACGUUGUGUCUUGCCACAACAGAACUACAAAUAAGAAAAGAAAAGAAACCGAACAAAAAAGAAAAAAAAAAAAAAAAAAAAAAAAACAAGAGAGAAAAAGAAAAACGCCUUGGAAUAUAACAAAUGUGCCAUGUUAUUGUUGGAAGCGGCCGCGUCUGCUGGAUUCCAGUUCUGUGAACAGUUACACUAAGGACACACACAUUCCCUCCGCGUGCACACCCCUUCCCCUCCCUCACUAUUUCUCUCAACAUGUUCAAUAGGUUGGUCAACGCUGGAACAACCGCAGCAGCAGCAGCAACAGCAGCCGCGCCUGCUGCGGAAGCGCCAGCACACGUUGCCAGUGCAUCCAGUGCUGCCACGCCCACGAGUGAUCUCUACCUGCGCCCAUUGCCAUAUUUGGACGCCAAAUGGCUGCGCGCCGAUCUCAUAACCUGCCUGCGCAACGCCGCCGACGGCGCUGUGCUCUGGAAUCAUUUGAUACAGGACUGCGAGCUGGUAUCGUCGCCAACGGCGCCGCUGCGCAAUGCACACGGACAGCUCUCCUAUCUGGGCGACGAUGGCAAGCAUUAUUGCGGCGCCGAGCAGCUGCAGUGUACCUGCUGUCAGCCGGAAUACUGUGGCCCGCUCUCCGCAUGCAAUUGCGACGGCUGCCGGCCACUUGACUCGGACACGGCCAUCAAAAAGCUGACAUCGGCGGCGGCACAGCAAGCGCUCGGCGGACAACAGCAUGCGACGGAGCUGACGCUGAGCGCCUGGCUCUGGAGCCAGCCACCCAAUCAGCUGGCGAAGCACGAUUGCCAGCGCACACUGAUCGCCGAGCUCCAUGAGCUGGCGCUGCGCGCCGCCGGCAACUGCCUCUCCGCGCAGCAGCUGCGUCAGCAGCUCUUCAUCUACGAACGCUACUUUGUGGCGCUCAAGCGCAACCAGCAGCAGCAGCAGCCGCCACAGCCGCCGCAGCAGCAGCCACAAGCUUCACAGCAGCAGCAGCUGGAGGAAUCUCUUGUGCCUGCGCCGCCAUUGCCGCCGGAACAGGAGCCGGAGCAUGCUGCUUUGGGCCUGGCACGCGUCGGGACACGCGCCGCUCUCAACUUUAGCUUUGCGUUUUUGCGUCGCGCCUGGCGCUCCGGCGAGGACAUGGAAAUGUGCAGUGAGCUGCUCAGCGAAGCGCUCGAAUCGCUGCAGGAGCUGCCCGAGGCGACGCUCUUCGAUGCCGCCGCGCAGGUCUCCCCCCUCUGGCUGGAGGUCAUGGAGCGUUCGAUUAAGUUUUUGCGUCUGGUCGCCCUGGGUGAUCCCAUGGGCGGACGCUGUCUGGCGCCGCUCACGGACAGGCACACGGCGCUGUGCCUGCUGCUGGAGCUGGGCGUGCAGAAGGGCACGCUGGCGGCCACGCUGGAGUGCGUGGUGCUGCUGCUGGUGCUCUGGGAGAAGGACAACGACAAUGGACACGCCCACGGACAUGGACAUGGCGGCGUCAAUGGCGAUAAUCGCGAUAUGCCGCGCAAAUCGGGCGCUCCCCUGCUGCGCAUCCUGCAGCGCUAUCAGCGCCUGGGCGCCGAUCCAGCGGCCGGCGGCAACAGCAGCUCCGGUUCCGGCGCCAGCGCUAAUGUGGAGCCGGCCAUGCCCUUGGCCAGCGCCACGGAGACCUUCUUGCGCUUCCUUAUGCUGCCCAAGAGCAGCGCUGCAAUUGUGGAUUUACGCCGCGCGGCCGUUGUCAUCAUCUCGCAUUUGGAUCGUCUGGUGCAGCCGCAUAUGCCGCAUCCCACGCAGCUGCUGCCCAGCUGCCUGCUGCGUCCGGCGGCCACGCCCAACACGGCGAGCACCAUUUUGGAGCAGCAGCGCGUCUAUGCGCUGGGCUGGCCAGCGCUGUCCAAGGAGCAGCAGGGAUUCAAUGUGGAGCCCGCUCUAAGCUGGACCAGUGCAGCCACCCAACAGCCGCCGCCGGCUCUGCUUACGUGCAAGUUCCAGCUGAAGCAGGUGGCCUGCAGCGAGGAUAUGGUGGUGCUGCUCUGCCAGGAGGGCAAGCUCUACAAUUGGCCCAUCGCCAAGCCGGAGACGGAACCCCAACUGCUGGACUUUGCUGAAAUAGCCAACGAGACGUUCGUCUCCAUAGCCGCCCACUGUGAGGGACGACACUUUCUUGCCGUCGACAGCAACCACAACGCCUAUUCGUGGGGCGUCGGCGACAGUCGUCGCUUGGGCCACGGCGAUUGCCAUGCUCGCGAGCUGCCCACCAAGAUCGAGAGUCUGGUGCGUCGCGUCCAGUCCGUCUACUGUGGCUGCUCCUACAGCGCCGCCAUCACGUUGCGCGGCAAUCUCUAUACCUGGGGACGCGGCACCUAUGGCCGUCUGGGCCAUGGCAAUUCGGAUGAUCAGUGCAUGCCCGCCAUGGUGAUGGCACUGAAGGAUCACCAGGUGCUGGACGUAGCACUGGGCAGUGGUGAUGCACACACCCUCUGCCUGACCAGAGGUGGUUUGGUCUAUGCCUGGGGCGAUGGCGACUAUGGCAAGCUGGGCAAUGGCAGCUGCAACAGCAGCCUGCAGCCGCUGCUCAUCGAGUGUCUGCCACGUGUGCAGCGCGUCUUUGCCGGUUCCCAGUUCUCGCUGGCGCUCACCUGCGAGGGCCAGCUCUACAGCUGGGGCAAGGCAUCCUGUCUGGGCCAUCAGCUGGUCGAGCGCAACGUGCAGGGCUGCAGUGUGCCCAGACUUAUAACCAGCCUGCAGCAUAAACGCAUUGUGCACGUGGCCGUGGGCGUGGCCCAUUGUUUGGCUUUGAGCAGCAACGGCGAAAUCUUUGGCUGGGGCCGCAACGACAACCAACAGAUCUGUCCCGCCUCCGUGUGCAGUGAGCCGCUGCUGCGACAGCCCAUUCAGGUGACGCUGCCAACGAUGCCCGCCAGCGGCAUGGCCUGCACCGCCGUCCAGAGCCUGAUCUGGACACAGACCAGCCGGCAGGGUGUGCCGCUGCGUGCGCCAUUUGUCAUCGAUCUGGGCGAACCGACAUUCCGGCUGCUCGACCAGUUGCUGGGCUUGUGCAGCGCCAGCGCUGCUCAGGAUAAUCGCCAGACGCCCAACCAGGAAUCGGAGUGCAUUGCGGUCGCCUGCCUUAAUCUGGUGCGUCUCCAGCUGCUCGCGCUCAUCGCCAACGGUGUGGAGCCGCGCAACGUUGGCCUGGCCAGCGGCGGGCGUCUGCUCAACAAUCUCAAGACGCGCAUACUCAGUCUGGCCGGCGGCAGCCAAGUGCUGCGCACCAUCCAAAUAGCCGCACAGCAAGCGCUCCAGGAUGGCUGGAGUGUGCUGCUGCCGACGGCGGCGGAGCGUGCCCAGACGCUGACGGCGCUGCUGCCGUCGGAGCCGGGCCAGGCAUGCUCGGCGGGGCAUCGCUUUAUGACGGAUCUGUUGGUCAGCUCGCUGAUGGCCGAGGGCGGCCUGGAGACGGCGCUGCAACAUGCCAUACGGCUGGAGAGCAGCUCCUGCUCCACGGACUGCACAGACGGCGCCCAUUUGCCGCUGCUGCAGCUAAUUACACGUCUGCUCGGAAACAAUGCAUCGCUUACACAGAGCCGGCUUUCGCUCACCCUGCUGACCAAGCAACAGCAGCAGCCCGUCGCCGAGGAGGAGCAACAGCGACAGCAGCUGCUGUUGCUAAUGCAACAGCACCAACAACAACAACAACAACAACCCGGAACCAGUCCUAGUUUGUGUUUGCUGCAUCGUUUUCAGCGUCUGCUGUUGGCGCACAUUCAUCAGGCCAGCGCCGAGGAGGACACAACGGGCGCAGAGGCGCUGCUCUCCCAAUAUCUGCACAGCCUGAUACCCGCCUGCGUGAGCACGCUGCAGCAGGCGCACGAGCUGGCGCUGCAGUGCCGUCCCGAGUCCAGCGAACUGGGCAUCGCUCUGAAUCGUGUGCUGCAGGCGGACAUCUCGGAUGCGCUGCUGAACGAGCUGUUGGUCGGUCUGGUGCUGCUUAAGCGCGACAGGCCACAGUGCCUGGCCAGCCUGCGCUGGGCACGUCUCUGCCUGCCCCUGUUGCGUGUGCUCGACCGCCUGAAUCGUGCGCUGGGCGAGGGUGAACUGCGCGACGGCGACGACAUGGGCUGGCCGGGCAUCAUUUGUCGCGGCGGCCCCAAAGGCGCUGCCCCGCCGCCGGCGGCCGCUGAUCCCGAGACGCACUAUGUUCGCCGCUCCGACAUGGACAAUCUGUUGCUCGACGGCAGCCACUGCAUCAUUGUGGCUGGCUACGUCUGCGAUCUCGCCGGUUAUACCUGCGAAUCGGAGAAUUUGCGCACUCUGCUCGAGCUGGGUCUGGGCAAGGAUUUGACCGCGGAGCUAAGCACACCGCCGUUUCGCGGCGCCAUGGAGCAGCUGCUGCAACAUCACAAGCUGGGCAAAUACCUGGCAAGCCAGAGCGCCAGCGAGGAGAAGAUUGCCCCGCCGACCGCAACGCGCUUGACGCACUUCAGCUCGGAAUGCACGCUGGCACAGCUACUGGGUCUGGUGGCGAAUCUGAUGUGCAGCGGACCCAGUUUGCAGCCGGCGGAGCUGCAAUGCCGUCAGCUGGACAAAUCGUCGCUGCUUAGCGGCGGCCUGCUGAUGCUGCAGCCGAGCAAUCCGUUCGACGAGGAGAAGGGCGAGGCGCGCAGCAGCCACAGCACGGCGGGCAAUACGCCCACAGAGACAACGCUGCCAGCGCCGCCGCCGACGGCGCGACGUGCCGCCGCCGAGCAGCUGCAGAGCCGCGUGGACAGCUUCAUAGCUGGCCUGGCGGAGGCGCGCCUCAGCGAUCCGCUGGUGGCCCACUGGCUGGCGCUCACCGAGCGCUACUGCAAGGCGCACAAUUUGAUGUGGCACCAGGAGUUCGCCACAGAGCAUCCGGUCCAGGAGCUGGAGCGUCUGCUCAGCGCCGUGCUGUUGCGGCAUCAGUGCCUCGGCGGCCUGGUGCUCAGCGCGCUGGAGGCAACAGGCGAGCAGCAACAGCAACAGCAGCCGGCGCUGCCCAAGCAGCUGGGCGAGAUAAUACGACUGGUGCAUCAGGCCAAGUGGUCGGUGGUGCGCACACGCCAGCAGCUAAAUCGCAGCUACAAGGAGGUGUGCGCGCCCGUUCUGGAACGUUUGCGCUUUUUGCUGUACGAGGUGCGUCCGGCCAUCAGUCCGCAGCAGCGUGGCCUGCGCCGGCUGCCCAUACUGCAGCGUUUGCCGCGCUUCCGGCUGCUGGUGCGGCGCCUGCUGCAGGAGCUGCGCGCGGCCAAACAACAGCCGGCAGCCAAGCCCGAGGAUCUGCUAAAUGCCAGCAUCCAGCAGCAGCAGCAGCAGCAACAGACCACAGAGCUGUUGAUCUACGAGCAACAGGAGCAGCUGCAGCAAGAGAAGAAGCCCAAGCAGCAGAAGCAGCUCGACGAGGAGGAGUCGCUGUUGCGUCGCCUCAACGAACGCCAGCUGCACGCGGAUAUCGAGCUGGACGCCACACUCAUACAGGACAUUGUUGACUUUGCGCUGCAGGACAGCUGCGAUGUGGAGACGGUGCGCCGUGCCAUGUACUGCCAGAUGCAGCGCUUCCAGCUGCGCCUGGCCGGGCUGCAGCUGGUGCAGCAGCUGCUCGAGCUGCACGGCCUGCUGGACGCCGCCCAGUACAGCCUGCUCAAUGGCUAUUUGGGCCUGCAUCUGAAGUCCGCUGCGUGUGGCGCCUCGCCGCAGCCUGUGCUCGGCCAGCUGAACAUGGUUAGCGCGUAUCAGAAGGCACGCCUGCUGCUGGCCCAGGCGCGUGUCCUUGAUUGGGCGGUGCGCGAACUGCGUCGUCUGGUCAAUCAGGAGCAGCAGGGCGCUGCACGCGGCAAGGAUAGCUGCAAUCUGAGCACCUAUGUGCUGCUCAAGCGUUUGCCGCGCGCCCGCUUCCUGAUCAGCAUCUUUGGGCUGCUCGCCAAGGAGCUGGGCGCCAAUGAGCUCGGUCUGCUCAUUAACUCAGGCCUGCUGGGCACUGUGCUCGGCCUGCUGGCGCAGACGGGCGGCGAGGGCGGCGCCAGGGGCAACAAUUUGGAGCUGAGCGUGCUCUACGAGGACAGCGUGCUGAAGCAGAAGUGCAACAAGGCACAGCUCAGCGGACCGGAUCUGGCGAAGCUCAUGAAGAUUGGCACGCGAAUUGUGCGCGGCGCCGACUGGAAAUGGGGCGAUCAGGAUGGCAAUCCGCCCGGCGAGGGACGCAUCAUCAGCGAGGUGGGCGAGGACGGCUGGGUGCGCGUCGAGUGGUAUACGGGCGCCACCAAUUCGUAUCGCAUGGGCAAGGAGGGCCAAUAUGAUCUGCAGCUGGCGGAUAGCGCAAUGAAUGUGGCCUCACCCACGGAACCGGAACGCGAGGAGCUGGGCACCAUGGAACCGCCGCCCAGCAGCGAAUCGCAUCCAUCCAAGCUGUUGCGCCACUGCGCCGCCAAGCUGCUGCAAAUCCUGGCCGUCGGCAGCGGACUUCACGGUGCCUGUCUGGACAAAUAUGCGCUGCGUGGCGUCACCAGCAUGUUUCGUGCCAUGCUCGAUCCAAAGCCCGCCUUGGCCAAUGUUGUCCAUUGCCUCAACUGGCUGAAUCUCGGUUUCAUACGCGCCAUUGCAGGCGACUGUCCACGCUUGUGCCUGGAACUGAGCGCUCCGAACUGGCUGUCGUAUUACUUUGGUCUGCUGGAGCAGCCGGCGGGCAGUGAGCGUGGCGUCUAUCGGCAGCUGCACUGUCUGCGCCUGCUGCAGACCAUUCUGGCGGCAUGGGGCCAGGAGGAGGAGCCGCGCAUGGCUGCGCUGGUGCGUCAGCUAUUUGGCACACUUGGACGCAUCGCGCUGCACUGUCCCGGCGAUGUGACGCUGCAACCUCAGGAGGGCGGCAAGUCGCGCGUCCUGCUGACCGCCUCGCAUUCGGGCAGCGUAGCCGAGGAGCUGGUCGGUCUGCUGCGUCGCCUGCACACGCUGCCCCACUGGAAUGCGGUAAUAAAUUCGUUUCUGGCCCAGAAAUUGUGCGUCGCCGCGGAGCUGCUGCAGGGCGAAUCCCAGCUGUUGCCCCAAACGCCGCUGGACACGGAGCACAGUCUAGUGCUAGGUGUUCUCAGCGCCAUGGGCGGCUAUGAUCUGCGACCACGCGUCGGACUCCAUUGCUUUAACGAGGGCAGCCACAUGAUCAUCGCCAGCUUUACGCACAAGGGACGCUGCCUUCUGGCGCACAGUGCUCCGCCCGCAGGCAGCCUAUCUGCCCAGGGUUUGGUCAAGGUGCCGCUGGCCACGGUGCUGCCCCAGCUGGAUCACAGCUGCUUCAGUCUGACUCGGCUGCCCAUGAACGAGAUGCUUCUAAAUGCCUGGACGGUGCUGUUGUAUGGCGCCGCCAGCUGCAGCAGCUCCUCAGCCGCCAACUGGGAGCUGCUCAACGCUGGCGAGGGUCGACUCGAUGUCCGGCUGCUGCGCAGCCAACAGCUACAGCUGGCCGUGCUGCACACCAACGGCGUGCUCUAUCGCCAUCAGGCGGCCCUUCGCAAGAUACUCAAACAGCGGGCGCCCGCCGGCGGCUAUAAUGGCAGCAACGAGGAGGCCGACACAGAGCAGGAGCCGGAACAGGAGCAGGAACAGCUACAAAAGUUGCAGCAAACGGAUGUACGCAACGGCAACAGCCAGCAACCGGAGCAACCGGAACAGCUGCUCAUCCAGUGCCUGCUGCUGCGCGCCACCCAACCAUCUCCGGUUAAAGCCUGCUAUGGCUACACGGAGCUGGCCACUGCGGCGCUCAACUGUGUCCAAACGCUCGCCAGCCAGGCGCAUCAGCAGCUAAUGAAUGCCGAGAAUGAGCUGCAGCCGCUGCUGCUGCCCAGUCCCGCACAGCCCACAAUGGUGCACGGUAUUGCCGUCUAUAAUGUGGCCAAGGAGCAGACGGCGGCACCGGAGACGAUGCAGCCGCAGGCGCUGCCUGUCGCCGCAAGCGAUGCGCAGCUGAUUGAACAGAUUAUGGAGAUGGGCUUUACGCGACGCAAUGUGGCGUUGGCCCUGAAACAGCUAUCGCUGCAGGCGGAGGCCAUGCCGACGCCCGAACAGAUUGUCCAAUGGAUACUCGAGCAUCCCGAUGUGUGCGCCAAUACGAUUGACGAGGAGGCCGCCAGCCUGGAGACGGAGCAGCGACCAGCCCACGGAAACGGAAGUGGUAGCAACACAACGAGCAGCAGCACAACGAACAGCAGCACAACGAGCAGCAGCAGCAGCAGCAGCUCCUCCUCGGACACUGUUGAGGAUCAGAUGGUGCAAAAGUUUGAGACACGCAAAGAUUUCCAAACGGCCGAUCAUUAUGCGCUCUAUGUGCGCGGCCUGGUACGUCCCGGCAUGCUUGUGCGCUGCUGUCGCGACUUUGAGGAGAUCAAGCAGGGCGACAUGGGCAAUGUACUGAUCGUGGACACCGAGGGAUUGCACGAUCUCAAUGUGCAGGUCGAUUGGCGCAAUCAUGGUAGCACCUAUUGGGUAUGUUUUGUUCACAUCGAGCUUGUCGAGUCUGCUGCUCAUUUAUUGCCCCUGCCACGCCCACCGCCGGCAAUAAUAGUGGGCGCCAGGGUAAGAUUGCGCUCGAACGGACAACUAAUGCGGCUGGGCGGCUCACGCAGCCAGCCGGAUUACGGCAUAGUCACCGCAAUGCGCGGCAAACAAUUGACUGUGGAGUUUCCGGAUCAGCCGCAUUGGCAGGGACACAUCAAUGAGGUGGAACCGGCGCAACCAGUUUCCGCGCCAGCUGCAGCUACUGCCCAGUCGCAGCAGCCGGCGCCACAGCAACAGCAGCUGCCGCCGGCGGCCGCUCAGCUGGACUUGAUUGAGGAUUGGUCGCGCUGCAUCCGUUCGCUGAGCGUCAGCUCGAACGAGUCGGCGGCCAAGCAUCUGCUCGACGGCAGCGGCCUGGCCUGGCAGAGCUGCUCAAGUGGACCCUGUCGCCAUUGGAUACGUCUCGAGCUGCACGACCGUAUUCUGGUCCAUAGCCUGGCGUUGCGCGUCAGCCCCGAGGAUCAUUCGCAUAUGCCGUCGCUGCUGGAGGUGCGCGUCGGCGAGUGCAUCGAUAGCCUCAAGGAGUACACCUGGAUACCGGUCGCAGCGGGCGCCACUCGCGUCCUACUCAUGCAGCAGGCAACACAGUAUUAUCCCUGGAUCGAGAUCGUGAUCAAACAGUGCCAGAACAAUGGCAUCCAGUGCAAGGUGCAUGGCCUCCAAUUCAUUGGACGUCGACAACAGCCGGACAUACAGCAUAUGCUGGCCAAUGCGCAGUUUUUGGCCUGCGAAUAUGGUGGCGGCGCCGGCGCCGGUGGAGCAGCUGCAGCAGCCGCCGCCGCACCAGCCACAGCUCCGGCGGAAACCACGUUGACGACGACGACGACGACGACGGCGAGCAGCAGCAGCAGCAGCGGCGGCGGCGGCGGCCAUGCGGAACAGGAGCUGCCCUGCACGGUGAUGGUCUGGGGCCUCAACGACAAGGAACAGCUGGGCGGCUUGAAGGGCUCCAAGGUGAAGGUGCCCACCUUUUCGCAGACGAUCAGCCGCUUGCGGCCCAUUCAUAUAGCCGGCGGCAGCAAAUCGCUGUUUGUGGUCAGCCAGGAUGGAAAGGUAUAUGCCUGCGGUGAGGGCACCAACGGACGCCUCGGCCUGGGCGUUACCCACAAUGUGCCGCUGCCCCAUCAGCUGCCCGUGCUGCAUCAGUAUGUGGUCAAGAAGGUAGCAGUUCAUUCGGGCGGCAAACAUGCGCUUGCCCUAACGCUUGACGGCAAGGUCUUUAGCUGGGGCGAGGGCGAGGAUGGCAAGCUUGGACAUGGCAAUCGCAGCACCCUGGACAAGCCACGCCUGGUGGAGGCGCUGCGCGCCAAAAAGAUACGCGACAUUGCGUGCGGCUCCUCGCAUUCGGCGGCCAUCAGCAGCCAGGGCGAACUGUACACGUGGGGCCUGGGCGAGUACGGCCGACUGGGCCAUGGCGACAAUGCCACACAGCUGAAACCGAAGCUUGUGACCGCGCUUCAUGGACGUCGUGUCAUUCAGGUGGCCUGCGGCAGCCGGGAUGCCCAGACACUGGCGCUGACCGAAGACGGCGCCGUCUUUAGCUGGGGCGACGGCGACUUUGGCAAGCUGGGACGCGGCGGCAGCGAGGGUUCUGCCACGCCGCACGAAAUCGAACGUCUCUCCGGCAUCGGUGUCAUCCAGAUUGAGUGCGGUGCCCAGUUUAGCCUCGCAUUGACGCGCGCCGGCGAGGUCUGGACCUGGGGCAAGGGCGACUACUAUCGGCUCGGUCAUGGCGGUGAUCAGCAUGUGCGCAAGCCACAGCCCAUUGCCGGAUUGCGCGGCCGCCGGGUCAUCCAUGUGGCUGUCGGAGCAUUGCACUGCCUCGCCGUCACGGACGCCGGCCAGGUGUAUGCCUGGGGCGACAAUGAUCAUGGCCAGCAGGGCAGCGGGAAUACGUUCGUGAACAAGAAGCCCGCCUUGGUGAUUGGACUGGAUGCGGUGUUUGUGAAUCGUGUCGCCUGCGGCAGUUCCCAUUCGAUGGCCUGGGGCUUGCCCAAUGCCAGUCUGGACGAGGAGAAACGCGGCCCCGUGCCCUUUGGCAGCACACGUGAUCCGCUCGGCGGCAGCAGCCUCGGCAUCUACGAGACAGAGACGCCGCCAACGGUGCACAUGCACACAACGCCGGAUGUGGCCGGCAAGCCGGAUGCUCGACCCAGCACGUCGGCGGGCGCCGCAGCAGCGGCGGCGGCAGCGGCAGCAGCAGCAGCAGCAGCGGCUCCUGCCUCUGGCUGUGCCACUCAGCCGAGUCUCAGCGAGAGCCUGACACUGGAAACACCGGCGGCACGGCAAGCGGCACUGGGUCAUGUGCUGCGCGCGAUGAGCAUCUUGCAGGCGAGGCAGCUCAUUGUCGCGGCGCUAACCAGCCACAGUAAGGUCAACUACAAGGAGACGACUGCACGCCAGCUUGAGGAGCAGCUCAAUACGGCAGCGGGCGGCGGAGGAAGCGGCGGCGGCGGCAGCGGCGUAGUAGGAGCUACUGCUGCUGGCGGAGCAACGGGCAUAGCUGCUGGAGCAGCCGCUGGAGCGGGAACGGCAACCAUAGCCCAGGGCGGCGGCGAGGCGCCGGCAGAUGCCAGCGAUGCAGCGUUGCUGGCAGCAGCGGAACAGCAUUCACCCGAUGAACCCGGCCCGGCACAGCUGGCCGGGCAAGUGCCAAGCGCGGGUCCGUUGAGCGCCUUCCAGAGCCUGACCGGCUCGCUGACCAUGUCGGGCAUGUCGGCGGGCUCGCAUUCGCGCAUGUCCGCCAGCGCCAUGUCCGUAAUGGCCGCCACGAUGACACAACAGGAGGAGAUGCUGGCACAGUUUACGCACAAUCAUGGACUGGACGAUUUUGGUGCUUUGCUUCAGGAGCCGGAGGCCAAGUCUCUGGUCGAAUUGCUCAAGCUAGCCGUUUGCGGCCGUUGCGGUCCGCCGAGCACGGCACAGACCAUCGCAGAGACCCUAAUCUCGUUGAGCAGCAAUGCGGGCAUUGCGGCCAUGCUGCUGGAGACCUGCAUCACCGAACUGGAGGAUCUGUGCACGUCGCGCCAUUGCCUGGGCAAGCUGCCCAAGCCCAUUAUGCAGGAGAGCAGCCAUCCGUAUGUGGACAAUAUGAAUGUGAGCGGCACGGUCCGGAUACCCGGCGCCGAGAUGUUGCGCCUCGAGUUCGAUAGCCAGUGCAGCACAGAGAAACGCAACGAUCCGCUGGUCAUUAUGGAUGCGGCCGGUCGUAUGCUGGCCAUGCGUUCCGGCCGUGAAUUUGCCCACUGGGCACCAGAGAUACGUGUGCCCGGCGAUGAGCUGCGCUGGAAAUUCUGCUCGGAUAGCUCGGUGAAUGGCUGGGGCUGGCGCUUCUGGGUGCACGCCAUCAUGCCGGCGGCGACGCUCGACGAGAGCGGCUCCGAUCGUGCCGUUCUCUCGCAGCCAUCGAUGGCCCUCGUCAUGGCGCUGCUCGAUGCACGGCUCGCUCCACGCCAACCCCAGGUGCUGCUCCGAUUGGCCGCCGCCCUAGCUGCGUGCGCCCAAUUGGGCGCCUUGAGCACCGCACAGCGCAUUUGGGCUCUGAAGAAACUGCACGCGGUGCUGUUGCUGGAACAGGCACCACGCCCACAGGAGCCGGCACUGGCUGCUAUACUGUUGCCGCUCAUUCCGGAGCUGCUGCGUCAAUAUGAGUACGAGGAGCCGCAGGUGCGCGGUGGCAUACAUCUGAUGCAUUCGGAUUACUUUAAGACCCUGGCGGCGCUCGCCUGUGAUAUGCAACUGGAUGCGGCGCUGCCCACCACCAGCAGCAGCAGCAGCGGCGGCAGCAGCAGCAGCUGCUCCACAGCGACAAGCUGUGCCGUGGCUGCCGCCACUGGCUCCUCCUGCUCCGCAGCCGCCGCCGCCUCCAGCUUGACUGCAGCCAAUGGCUCCGGUGAUGUGCACAAGUGGGCGUGGUUCAAGCGAUAUUGCAUCGCAGUGCGCGUCGCCCAAGCGCUAAUCCGACGCACAGAGCUGCCGCGCCAAUUUUGCCUGGAGGUGCGCAAAAAGUUUGCCGAAAUGUUGCCACCGUCGGCUCCGGCGCCCGUCACCAGCUGCCCAUCGCCGGGCACCUCGCUCAUCAACUCGGCCACUUCGCUCUCCUCCAGCACCGUGAGCAAUGCCUCCGCCACAGAGCAGCAACAGCAGCAGCAACAACAACAGUUGACGCCGGAGCUGCUGCUCCUGGAGCAAGUGCAACAACAGCAGCCGGCACAACAUCAACAAACAUCGCCGGCGCCUUUGCAGCUGCUGCUGCACGAGGAUCACACGCUGUUCCAGGCGCCGCACGAUGCCCAGCUGCUGCAGUGGCUCAAUCGGCGCCCGGAUGACUGGGCAUUGAGCUGGGGCGGCGCCAGCACCAUUUAUGGCUGGGGACACAAUCAUCGCGGCCAAUUGGGCGGACUCGAGGGCAGCCGCAUCAAGACUCCGACACCAUGCGAGGCGCUCAGCCUGCUGCGUCCCAUUCAGCUGGCCGGCGGCGAGCAAUCCCUGUUUGCCGUGACGCCGGAUGGCAAACUGUUUGCGACGGGCUACGGUUCCGGCGGACGACUCGGCGUCGGUGGCAGCGAUUCGUGGGCAAUACCCACGCUUCUCGGUUCGCUGCAGCACGUCUUUGUCAAGAAGGUGGCUGUCAAUUCCGGCGGCAAGCAUUGCCUCGCUCUGACCACGGACGGUGAGGUCUAUGCCUGGGGCGAGGGCGAGGACGGCAAGCUCGGACAUGGCAAUCGCAUGAGCUACGAUCGACCCAAGCUGCUGGAGCAUCUGAAUGGGAUGAGCGUUGCGGAUAUUGCGUGCGGCAGCGCACAUUCGGCGGCCAUCACGGCCAGUGGACACGUCCUGACCUGGGGCAAGGGCCGUUACGGCCGGUUGGGUCAUGGCGAUUCGGAGGAUCAGCUGCGUCCCAAGCUGGUGGAGGCGCUGCUCGGCUAUCGGGCCAUUGACAUUGCCUGCGGCUCGGGCGAUGCGCAGACGCUGUGCAUCACGGACGACGACAACGUCUGGAGUUGGGGUGACGGCGACUACGGCAAACUGGGACGCGGCGGCAGCGAUGGCUGCAAGCUGCCCUACAAGAUCGAAAGCCUGGCUGGCCUGGGCGUCAUCAAGGUCGAGUGCGGUUCACAGUUUUCCGUUGCGCUGACCAAAUCCGGUGCCGUUUACACCUGGGGCAAAGGCGAUUUCCAUCGGCUCGGCCACGGCUCGGUCGAUCAUGUGCGUCGACCCAAAAAGGUCGCAGCGCUCCAGGGCAAAAAGAUCAUCUCAAUAGCGACCGGUUCGCUGCACUGUGUCGCCUGCAGCGAUGCCGGCGAGGUCUACACCUGGGGCGACAACGAUGAGGGCCAGCUGGGCGAUGGCACCGUUACGGCCAUCCAAAGGCCACGCCUUGUCGCUGCGCUGCAGGGCAAGCACAUUGUGAAGGUCACGUGCGGCUCGGCGCAUACGUUGGCCCUGUCCACGUCGCAGCUGAGCGAACGGCUGCGUCCGCUGCCCAAUCCCCCGCUGGAAUAUGAUUUGGUGCGCGAUCUGGCGCCGGAAGCGCUGCACGCUCGCCUCAUCCUGCUGCAUCAUUUCUCGGAGCUGCUCUGCCCCUGCCUGGCCAUGCUGCCCAUUGCCGGUGAUCUCAGUCUGGGCGCGCUCAAGGAUGUGCUCGUCUACAACAUCAAGGAGGCCGCCUUUCGCAAGGUCAUCCAAACGACAAUGGUGCGCGAUAAGCAGCACGGACCCGUCAUCGAACUGAAUCGCAUCCAGGUGAAACGAUCGCGUAGCCGCUGCAAUGGACUCGCCGGCAUCGAUGGCAUGAAGAGCGUAUUUGGUCAGAUGGUGCAAAAGUUGCCGCUGCUCACCCAGGAGGCGCUCGCCCUGCCGCAUCGCGUCUGGAAGGUCAAAUUUGUUGGCGAGAGCGUCGACGAUUGCGGCGGCGGUUAUAGCGAAUCCAUUGCCGAGAUGUGCGAUGAGCUGCAGAAUGGCAGUGUUCCGCUCUUGAUAAGCACACCCAAUGGGCGGGGCGAGGCGGGCGCCAAUCGGGAUUGCUUCCUGCUGGAUCCAACGCUCACCUCCGUACUGCAGAUGAACAUGUUUCGUUUUCUGGGCGUGCUCAUGGGCAUUGCGGUGCGCACCGGUUCCCCCCUCAGUCUCAACUUGGCGGAGCCCGUAUGGCGACAGCUAACGGGCGAGCCGCUGCGUCCCACGGAUCUCACCGAGGUGGAUCGCGACUAUGUGGCCGGACUGCUCUGCAUCCGUAACAUGGACGAUGAUGCGAAGCUCUUCAAUACGCUGGAGCUGCCAUUUUCGACAUCGUCGGCCCGUGGCCACGAGGUGCCGCUGUCCACCCGCUAUACGCACAUCUCGCCCAGAAAUCGCGCCGAAUAUGUGCGCCUGGCGCUCGGCUUUCGGCUGCACGAGUUCGAUGAGCAGGUGAAGGCCGUGCGCGACGGCAUGUCCAAGGUGAUACCUGUGCCGCUGCUCUCCCUCUUCUCGGCCGCCGAGCUGCAGGCGAUGGUCUGCGGCUCACCCGAUAUACCGUUGGGCCUGCUCAAAUCGGUGGCCACCUACAAGGGCUUCGAUCCCAGUUCGGCGCUGGUCGGCUGGUUCUGGGACGUCAUGGAGGAGUUUACCAAUCAGGAGCGUUCGCUGUUCCUGCGCUUUGUGUGGGGAAGAACGAGGCUGCCGCGCACCAUUGCCGACUUUCGGGGACGCGACUUUGUGCUGCAGGUGCUCGAAAAGAAUCCGCCCGAUCAUUUUCUACCCGAGAGCUAUACCUGCUUCUUUCUGCUCAAAAUGCCGCGCUACUCCUGCAAGGCUGUGCUGCUGGAGAAGCUCAAGUAUGCGAUACACUUCUGCAAGAGCAUCGACACGGAUGAAUAUGCGCGUGUGGCCAUGGGCGAACCCACCGAGGCGACUGGCAGCGAGGACAACAGCGAUCUCGAGUCCGUUGCCAGUCACGAUGGCUGAACGCAAUUAUCGAUAACAACCAUUAAUCGCAAAUCGAAAUGAAAACAAAAACCAAAAAAAAAAACAUAAUUUAUGCUGCUGCUGCUGCUGCUGCUGCUGCUGCUUGGCAUAUGAUAAACGCAACGCACUUCAAACGCAUUAGAUUAGCCGCCGAUUAGCCGAUUAGCCGAUUAAUCGAUUAGACGAUUAGUCGAUUAUUUGCUUAGCACACACACACACAGAGACAGACUUGCCAGAUCUGCAGCACAUAGACACACAAACACACACACAGAGACAAAGACAGCUUGGUAGAGAGCGGAAGGAGAAUAUUGAAAAGGAUACUGGAAACUGUUGAUAGAGCAGAGACACGAAACCAAAAAGCAAAUUAAGCAAACGUUAAAUGUUAUUUCCAUAUUGCAUAAAUGUUAGUUUAAAAAGUCCAAA